AAAACCUCAGAACUGAUUUGUUCAUUAGUUGUAGGUGGAAAACAAAAGUGUCUGCAUGAGAAGUUUCAAGAAGAUUAAUAUUUUAUUAAAGUACUUUCCACGAGACAUGACACAAUCCGUCCACUAGGGGACUUAAUGAAAACCAGUUUAAAGUAGGACAUGCAGUAAAUCUUUACACUCCCAGGAUUCUCAGGCGUCCUUCAACAACCUGGAAAAUGUUCAGGAAUCGACUUCUGAGAUUGACCUGGUUAGAAGACGAGGGGAAACAGCUGGUGAUGGUGAUGAUGAUGAUGAUGAUGAUGAUGAUGGUGCAGGUGCACUAAGUCCGCACUGGACUAUACGUGGCGCUGUCCUGCUCCUGUCUGCGGAGGUGCCGGUUCCAGCCCCGCCCUCCCGUGAAGCUGCAGUCCGCAGUGAAGACGAAGUCCAGAAGGAUCCCGUCACAGUGCAGCACACUGCAGUCUCCAUCAGCAGCAGCAGCAUCAUCACACUCCUCCUCCUCCUCCACCUCCAUCUCCUUAUUCGCCUCCCGCACCUCCUCCCUGCGCUCCUCUGGCAGGUGGAAAGGACGAACACGGAGCAGAGACGAUGACGUCUGUCUUGGUCUGUGCUGUUCUGGCCCUGGUGGCCUCAGCUGAAGCCAGUGUUGGGCCCAGUACCAACGACAGCUUUUGCACCGAGUCGAAGGAAUGUCUCCAGUAUGAGCUCGUCUGCAAGACGGACGAGUAUGAAGUGAGACACUACAGCCCAACCCGCUGGGUGUCAACGGACGCAGAAGCCUACUUCAUGGGGGUGGGAGCAGCCAUGGCCUUCAGGAGGCUUUUCCAGUACAUCACUGGAGCCAACGAUGAAGCGAUUCAGAUGGAGAUGACGGCACCGGUUCUGGUCAAAAUCCCAGAGGAGACAAAGAUGUGGGAGCCCGCCAUCUACACGCUCAGCUUUCCACUGCCGGCAGCCUAUCAGGACAAGCCUCCGGCCCCUACCUGCGACAAGCUUUACUUCACCGAGAUGCCGGAGAUGGACGUGUACGUGAGGAGCUACGGAGGCUGGAUGCUGUCGGUCACCUCCAGGCUUCACACCCACCGGCUGAACAAAGAGCUGGAGAGAGUGAGGGCUUCCUUCAACCACAGCUACCACUACGGCGUCGGCUACGACAGUCCACUUAAGCUUCUGAACAGGCACAAUGAAGUGUGGUACAUAUCCGAGGGGGAACCCGUUUGCACGGACCCACAGGAGCCCACUCCUCCCCACACCCCCCCCCCGACUCCCACAGACUCCCCCGUCUCCUCCCCAUCACAGCCACUUCCUCACACACUCUCUGACUCCCCCUCAGCCCCCCUCGCCAACGUGUCCUUCAACACGACAUCCAACGCCACCUCCCAGAUGCCCCCUGACUCGUCCGAGCUUCCACAAUCCGACGCUCCUUCUAGUCCCAGUCCGUCCCCUCAGACCGAUCUCACCUCCGAAGCCACUUCCAGUCACCCCCCCACCACUGCCCAGACACCGCUGGACUCCACCACCAACUCCUCCGAUCCUGUCACCGCAGGCCCGUCUCUGGAGCCCCAGUCUGACGUCGUCCUGUGGAACAGCACGGCUAACAGCACCGCGGACACACAAACGGAAGCUAGCCCCGUGGUGGAGCCCGACGACGCUAAGUAACAACCUCACACUUUUCCGCAGCAAGCCAUUCCUGGUGUAUGGGCCCUACACUCUGUCUGUCCAAUCAGAGCAGGCCGAGUGAGGACACGUGAGGAUGUUGAAUGGACACGCUGGUUUCUUCAGCCUUCUCUCUCUAACCCUGUGUAUCUCACCGUCUCCUCUGUACGUUGUGUCAGUGCUUUGCACCUGCAGCUUCACGCACCUGUGGUUUUAGAAAUAGGGACAAAUCCAACAUACGCUUUAGAUGGAAAGGUUUCAAGUCAUUGUAUAAAAUCUGAGAACCGUCAGUCACAGAGAUCAUGUGUUUAUAUAUUCAAACGUAGACUUCAGCUGUCCAGGGCCGUCCACAGUCAUCGUGGGAGACGGGGACAGAACGAGGUUAACAUAAAGUAGAGCAUUUUUAUUACGGGAUUGUCUAUUGUCCAGACACACAAGUACAUACGUGUAAAACCCAACAAUAUUCUUAGGUAAUAGUACAUCGCUCUGCAAAAACUAUUUCUACAUGUACUGCAAAAACUGCUACGACAAAGUGCAAAUAGAGUGUGAACGUUAGAAGUUUAGGUCAUAAGGAAUCAUCUAAAGAUCAAUAAACCAUCAAUCUGAAUUGUCA